AUGGCAUCCACCUUUGUACGGUCGCACUGCGCUGACCUCCCCCAAGGAGAGGAUUAUCCUCCACAAGAGCACCAGCAUCGCAUUCCAGUUCGGUCUGGCUCUGGAGAUGAAUUUGUAGACUCGGAGAAGACAACGGGUCCUCAGGCACCAUGCGAUUCAACUACCUACGAUCACAACGGUUGUCGUCUAUCCAUACAGCAUUCCACACGGCAGCAGGGUGCACAGGAAGGGCGGCAUCCGUCGCCUUUAGCGCCACCACAGCAGGCCUCAGUCCUGGAAUCACACUCCUUAUCCCGUCCAGAGUCCCUUGACGCCACGCCGUCUCCCUGCUUUUCGCCGUACCCUGCUUCGCAUCUUCGCAUUCCAUCCAAGUCCUCAGCCUCGUCCGACGACACUGCUUCUUUCCUCAACACCCCUGCCAAAAGUGACCCUGGAUCCAGCACCAGCUUUGUCAUCACACCAUCAUCACCACCACUGUUGUCCAAGGAGUCUAAUUCGACAAAGAACCAUACCUGUUCACACUCGUCCUAUCCUGAUCAUCCCUCAACCGCACCCUCUUCAGCCUCCACGCCCCGUCCUCACUACGUAGUACCAUCAGGAGCACUAUCGACAACGUCAAUACUACCAACGAGUCUCCCGCCCUCUGAAUCUGCGUACCAUUGUUCUGGUCGUGUAGAUCCAACACCGUCUUCUGCCUCCAAGGUCAAGGCUCAGCAAUUAGAGACAGCGUUACAAAGCAGCGGUCCAUCUCAACAGGGUCCACACUUCCCACCUGUAUCCUCAGAAACCGCUAUUGCAUCACAAUCAACCCCUGCUAGUGUCGAGACCACCGUAACGACCAGAACAACUGAAGUCAAUCCUAUCAUUUGCGACCCAGAGAAAGCGUACUAUUUCAAUCGCUUCCUCCAGCGUCGACGUCAUCGACCGAACCCCGCAAACAUAUCUCUGACAGAGGUUCGACCUCUAGUUGAUUUCGACUCCCAGAAGAACGAACAGCAGCAACCAGAUCAAGGGGGCAAGUGUUUGGUUCCGCCUGAAUUCCAAGACCAGUUCCCGAGCUCACUUGGUUAUCUAGAGCACUUGGAGACGAGUCUUGUUUCGAACCAGCAGGCCGAGGCUCAAAAGAAAAGCAAAAGGCCACAGAGUUGGAUCGCCCUCAAGAGUUUUGUUACACACCAGAUCCUUGGCCGACCCAGCGAAAGCGACGACCAGAGAUUCGAAACGAAUUACUACAGCUACAGCGAAGAUCCGGACAGGCCUCGUCCACGUCGCCUCAGUCGUUAUUUGAACCAUAGCGCUCCUUUGAUUAACCGGUCUUUAUCGUCGCCUCCUUCUUCGUCGUCGCUGCCUGUGCUUCGAUCAGCCCCGAUCAACCUUCUACGUUCGUCUUCUCUAAUACCAUCAUUGGCGAGUGCUCAGCAGCAGCAUGCAGGAACAUGCGGCAAGCGAUCGCCCGCUCACUGA